AUGCCACCAAAAGGAAGCACGAGGACUGGGAUAAUACCAGAUUGCCCAAACCUAAAGAAAGGAAGUCGAGAGGCGGAGGUCGGUCAACGUAACAAGAUCAGACGUGUAGUGGAUAUUGAAUGUCCUGUUCCUGAUGAUGGACAACACGCGGACGGUGUUGGUUCAAAACUGCUUCAGUGGGGCGUUGAUGAUGGUGAGGACAAUGGUAUUGAUGGUGACGAUGAUGAAGAAGAUGCGGAUGAUGAUGAUGAUGAUGAUGAUGAUGAUGAUGAUGAUGAUGAUGAUGAUGAUGAUGAUGAUGAUGAUGAUGAUGAUGAUGAUGAUGAUGAUGGAGAGGAGCAGGACGGACGAGCUUAUUACAACUGCUCCACCAGCACACGUCUGAAAAGGUGCACAUGUUCACGCUUGAGUGAUGUGAGCGUAACACCCGAUGGCUUGGACGACGACCCAGUAACGUAUCUUGGUUUUAUCGGUCGAGUGGCCCGCCAGUCAGGACUUCCCGGUCAGGUAGCGCCACAAACGCUUGGAAUCUGCUGGACACAUCUUGUUUCAGGAGUUGUUGGUUGCGAGGUUUUGUAG